UAAAACAGGAAUUAACAUGCUACCUCCCCGAUGACAAAUUCUCAACAUCUGAUGCAACGAAGAAGCUUGAACAAAUAUUAACCGAACUGUCUUAAAAAACAGGAAGUGGUCACAGAGAGAGAACUUUGCACUGCCUGACCUAUAGCCAAGCAAGGAAGGACGCUGUCCAGUAAAUCUGAUGAUGGUUUAGCACACGCUCCGUUGUACAUCGACUAAGUAACUUUACGACGCUCCCUAUCGCUACCAUCUCGACCAUUGCCCUUCGCUUAGUCACUGCUCUACUGUAGCAUGCAGAGGGUAAUAAAAGGAGGCAUAUGCACACUCAAACGCAACCACCUGCUCAGUAUCAGCGACGCGUUCAUACACUUGCCGAGGUUUGUAGCUCGUCGAAAAAUGUCAUCGUCUGAAGCUAAGCGACCGGUUUCCGUACUGGGAACUAUGGCGUUCGGUGGUCAAGCUAACGACGAGCAGAGCCUGGAGAUGGUGAAGGCUUUCCUGGAUAGGGGACACAGUCAGCUCGACACAGCCUUCAUGUAUGUGAAUGGGAAGUCAGAGACGGUCAUAGGGGGCAUGAAUCUUCCCAAAUCAGUAAUCAUAGCUACCAAGGCCAACCCCUGGGAUGGGAAGACCCUGAAACCAGAUAGUAUACGCUCACAGCUGGAAACCUCCCUUAAGAGGCUGCAGACCAGUUGUGUGGACAUUUUCUACCUCCAUGCCCCUGACCACCAAAACCCUAUCCAGGACACGCUUAGGGCCUGCAAUGAACUCUACAAAGAGGGAAAAUUCAAAGAGUUUGGCCUGUCAAACUACGCAUCGUGGGAAGUGGCUGAAAUUGUGGUUAUCUGCAGACACAACAACUGGAUUGUUCCCACUGUCUAUCAGGGAAUGUACAAUGCCACUACAAGACAGGUUGAGACAGAGCUGCUGCCAUGUCUGAGAUACUAUGGAAUGAGAUUCUACGCAUACAAUCCCCUAGCAGGUGGCCUUUUGACAGGAAAGUACCAUUAUCAAGAUAAAGAUGGCUCCCAGCCUACAGGACGAUUCUUUGGUAAUAGCUGGGCUCAAGCAUACCAGGACAGAUACUGGAAGCAGAGUCAUUUCCAGGCGAUAGACGUGGUUCUAAAAGCCUUGGAGGCAGCAUACGGGUCACAGAAACCCACCUUGACUUCUGCUGCUAUGCGUUGGAUGUACCACCACUCUCAGCUUAAGGGUGAGCUUGGUGAUGGAGUCAUCAUUGGCAUGUCAAGUAUGGAGCAACUUCAGCAGAACUUGGCCGCUGCGGAGGAGGGUCCUCUGGACGAGAGAGCUGUUGCCGCCUUCAAUGAUGCCUGGAAUCUAGUAGCACACGAAUGUCCCAACUACUUCCGCUGAAGAGCUAAAGUCUCCAUAACAGACCAAGCAAACACAAUAGCGCAUUUCCACGAGUUAGUCACUUAUACAUUUUUCUGUAAUUAUGCUUGUUUUUUUUUUUUCCUCCCCACCAGCUCAACUGUAGACCAGUAUGUAUUGCGUCAGAGCUUUUGCUCUUGCUAAUGUAUAAAUGUAAAAAUGAAAACACAAGAUUUUUCAGGGAAAAAUAACCUUUUCUGGAGCCUGCCUACAUUACAUUAAAAAGAAAACAA